AUGAAUAUGAAACAGAUUUUAUGUAUCUUAUUAUUAGUAGUAGUAUUAACUAAUAUGAAAGUAAACAUUGUCUUCUCACAACCAAAUGAUCCACAACUUCAAAAACUUCUACAAUAUCAUAAUGAUCUUAGACGUAACUUAACAGAAUGUAAAUUUGAAGGACAACCUCCAGCGAAAUAUCUGCCAGAUCUUAAAUGGGAUAAUGAACUAGCUUCAAAAGCUAAAGAUUUAGCAAAUGAAUGUUAUUUUCAUCAUAAUGAUGUGAAUUUACCACAUAAAUGGGAAUAUGUUGGUCAAAAUAUAGCAGGAUAUCAAACAGUUGAACAAGCAUUCGAUGCAUGGAAAGAUGAAUAUAAACAGUAUAGUUAUUAUUCAAUGAGUUGUUAUGGUGUUUGUGGACAUUAUACUCAAUUAGUAUGGCAAAAUACUACUCAUGUUGGUUGUGGUAUUACAAAUUGUACUGGAAAUUAUGGAUUUCCAUAUGGAUUAUCAGUUGUCUGUAAUUAUGGCCCAGGAGGAAACUAUGAAGGUCGUUAUCCUUACGAAGCAAAAUCACAAGAUGAAUGUUAUGCUGUAACUACUAGACGUCCUAAACCUACUAGACGUCCAGUUACUACUAAACGUCCUAGAACUACUAGACGUCCAAUUACUACUAAACGUCCUAGAACUACUAGACGUCCUGAAACUACUAGACGUCCAAUUACUACUAAACGUCCUGAAACCAUACCAACUCGUAAACCAGGCAUAUCAAAACAAAUACCAAAACCAAACUGGCCUACACUUAUCAGUUCAUGGAGUGGAUUUGCCAAUUCAAAUAUGCUACAAGGAAUAAUAACAAAAACAUGUAUUUGUAUUCAGUGAAAAGUAAAAGUUACCCAAAACAUUUAAUAUGUCACUGUUCUGUGUAUUAACCAUGUUGU